AUGAGCUGCGAAAACUGCUUCAAAGGAUACAUCCUUCCCGGAGACCCCACGGGCUCGAUGAUCGGCACGGCAUACUAUUGCUCUGCACCUACAUCUUCAUCGGGAACGGACGCAUCGAAACACGCCAUCAUCCUCUUAACGGAUAUCUUUGGCUUGGCUAUCAAAAACCCUCGUAUCAUAGCAGACCUGCUCUCGGAGAAAGUAGGCGUCGAUGUUUGGGUUCCCGACGUCUUCGAUGGCGCACCUAUCGCUACGGUGGAAGAGUUGGAGCCCUUGACAGCCGACAGAGCUGGGGUCACAAUGUCCUGGGGCAGUAAACUACGUCUGGUCUGGCUCUUGUUGAGACGUAUACCGCAGUUGUGGGCCAACAGAGACUCAGUGGUGGAUUCCAGAGUGAAAUCGUUCAUCGACAAAGUGAAGGAGAAGAAAAAGUAUGACAAAAUCGGCGUCGUUGGCUACUGUUUCGGCGGUUCGAUAGCCAUCCGGUUGGCUUCGACCACUCUCAUUGAAAGCGCAGUUAUCUGUCAUCCGGGUCGCAGCACCGAAAGCCAAAUCAGUGCCAUAAAGAUUCCUACUUCCUGGGUAUGCGCUGAAGACGACAUGGUGUUUGGCCCAAAAGUUCGUCUUCAAGCCGAAGCCAUUUUGGCCGGACGCAAAGGAAAGGACACCUUCGUGGACUAUGAAUUCAAAGACUGGAAAAGAACGGCCCAUGGGUUCGCUGUACGACCUAAUCAGGAACUCCCCGAGAUCAAGGCAGCAUACGAGGGAGCUCUUGAACAGACAGCAGCGUGGUUCAAAAAAACCCUGUGA